AUUUUAAUACAUCACCAAAAUGAGUGAAAGGAGGGACCAAGGUGAUCCAGCAGAUGUGGAAGAUAUAACAGAAAGUGUAGAGUAUGAGGAUGACUUUGAAAAAGACCUUGAGUGGCUAAUUAAUGAAGAAGAAAAAGAAAACCCUGGUGAAAGAGAGAAUCCUGAACAAAAUGCAGAGGAUAUUGACACAAUUACUGAUAAAGUUGUGGAAGACUUUGAGGAUGAGGAAAACAGUGAGGAAAGAGAAGAAAAUACAGAUAAGCAUUCUGGGGCAAAUGUAGAUGUGAAAGUGAGUCUGCCCAGUGAAGAACCUUUGAUAUCCGCGUCUGAUGCUAAAGAGGGGGACCAUGUAUCUGACUCUGAUAGUGAGUGCUCUAUCGAGGAGUCCAAGCUCGAAGAUGAAAAGGACCUAGAUGAGGAAGAGGAUGAAGAAAUAAAGCGCUACAUCUUGGAAAAGAUUGAAGAAGCCAACAAACUGCUGGAGAAUCAGGCUCCUGUGGAUGAGAAUAGAGAACGGAAAUUAAAAUUUAAGGACACAUUAGUAGAUCUUGAGGUUCCUCCUCUAGAAGACACAGAUGUUUAUAAAGCUGAUCUUGCAGGAGGAGAUGAUGUUUCAAAUAGGCUAUCUCAGCUGCAUAUUUCUAAUGAUAUGGGAAAGGAAAGCACAUUGCUUUCACUAGAUACUGGCAAGGAUGAGGAACAGAAGGAUGGGAAGAUCUUAGUGGAAAAAGAUGGAAAGUUCGAACUCUUGAGUUUACGUGAUAUUGAAAGCCAGGGCUUUUUGCCCCCAAUCAGUGUUUCUUUCACUGAUAUUGAGACUCAACAUAUGUCUCCCAAAUCUUCACACCACAGUUCUUGUAGCACUGUUGCUCGAAUGAAGGAAGCGCCUCCUGUAGUAGGAGCAGGAGUACAGUCUUCCUCUGCUGCUGAAGAGGAGUGUGUGUACUUCCCUAAGCCUCCUUCUAAGCCUAAAUGUCGUCCAAAUUCUGCCAUCAGUGCUGCGAGAAAUCUGGGAAAACGGAAGACUCCCCAGAGAGCGCAGUCUGCAAACGCACCUGCAAGAAAUUCCACUUACUGCCUUUCUCCCAGGCAAAAAGAGCUGCGGAAGCAGCUAGAGCAAAGGAAGGAGAAACUGAGGAAAGAGGAAGAAGAACGGAAAAGAGAACAAGAAGAACAGAAGAAAAGAGAGAACGAGAUGGUUUUUAGAGCUUGGUUACAGAAGAAGAAAGAACAAGUACAAGAAGAAAAGCGCAUUCGACGUGCAAAGGAACUAGAAGACUUGAACAGCAAAGAGAGUAGCAGGAAUCCAGAAGAAGCCUUCAAGUUAUGGCUGAAAAAGAAGCACCGAGAACGUAUAAAAGAAAAACAGAUAGAAAUUUUGAGACGCCAAGCGGAGGGCAUGACCUUUUUUCCAAGAACAGAGGAAUGCAACAGAGCCUUUAAAGAAUGGCUAAAAAGAAAGAGAGAAGAAAAACGAGCCGAAGAGCUGGCAGCUAAAGAGCGAGUAAGGCAGCUCAGGUUAGAAGCCCGAAGAGCGAAACAGCUGCAGAACAUCCGCUGCAUUAGUUCAGAACCUAAAUCCUUUCGCUUCACAGACCAUUACAGCUGAAGGUUUGAUGUAACCACAGACUUUGUGGCAACUUUUUUACUUCUUAGGGCUUGAGCUUUUGCUCUUUACAACUACUGCCCUUUUGUGGUAUUUUAAAGCUUUUAAGCAAGUUAAUAAUUCUUUUCACUGACAAUG